GGGAGGAAGCAAAGCAUCUUGCUAUGGCUGACACGAUCAGCGAAACAAAAGAGGUAAAUUUGAUUAAUAAGGGCAAAGAGGCUGGAAUUACUUCUGCAAGUGAAUCUGUUGUGAUAAAUUCUGAUGCAACGCUGGUGGCAGACAAACCUAGAAAGAGGUGUAGUGAUGGGAGAAGAAAAAAACCUGAAAAAAGCCCUUUGGGGCAGACAGCUGUCCUGGAUGCUGGGGUGGAAACAAGCAAUCUUUCAAGCAAAGAGAAGGUGGCUGGCAGCACAAAAGAAAUGACCUUUGAUAAAGAUAAGGUGGCUGGUUUUGGAAGAGAGCUUUUGCUAGAGAAUCUCACAGGUAUAACCAAAGAGGUGCUGGAAGAGCCUGAAAUACAGGGUGGCAAUAGAAGAAGCUUCUCUGAUCAGCCGGUUCUUUCAGGUCAUAAAAUAGAACCAGCAGACCCAGAAACAGUCAACACUAAAGAAACUUGGCCCAUGAAUAAAGUUAAGGAACUAGAUACAUCCAAGCCUCUCCCAGAGCACAGGACAGAUGCAGCUGUGGCACACAGUCCCACCAGGGAACUGGUGAUGGACAAGCCUAAGAAAAAAAGUAGAGACGUGAAAGGCAAAAAGGCCGAAAAUAGUCUUGAGCACUCUGUUGCACUGGGUCCAGGUAACAUCCCUGCAGUAGGUGAAGAGGUGGGAAAUAUUAAACAAAUUCAGUCUUUCGAUAAAAGCAAAGAGACUAAUUCCAGUACUUCCGCAAGUCUGCUAGAUGACCUAACUGAUACUAUUAAAGUACAAGCUCCUGCUAUACCUCUGGAGCCAGAAAAAUCACACACAAGUAAUAAAGAGAAAUGCAAAAAGAUGGAGGUUAAUGUGCAGCAGCCAUGUUUUCUGGAGCAUAAAGCAGGUGCAGAGAUGUUUCCUCCUCGUGACGUGGAGAUAACUGACAAAGCUGAAGCAGAAAGUCCCACUCCUUGCAACAUGGGGGGUGGACUUCCUAUCCUAGAGCAUCCAGCAGUGGCAGAUCGCGCUUCAGCCACAGUUACUGAUAGAUCUAAAAAGAGGGGUUAUGAUGGAAGCAGUAAAAAGGCUAAAAAUGCCUCUGAGCAGCCUGUUUUUCUAGACCCAAAAACAAACAGGAGAGAAGUACAGCCUCCCAUAGGAUCUGAGAUGGAAUAUGGAAUGGUAGACAUGGAUUUGGUAGAUGAAAACAGGAACAUUAAAAACUUUCCCAUUGGCCCUCAAAUGCUUUGGAAUAAUAAAGGAAGCGACUUUGAAUCCUUUGCUCAGACUGCAGUAACUGGCCCUGAUAACACUGGCAGUGUUUAUUCUGGCUUCCCAAAGCAGACAGAUGAGGGUGCAAGAAGUAAGGGGCUUCCUCCUCCUGAAGCAGUAGCAGACAACAGCAGCAAAGAGCCUGGAUGUGGUGCUGAGGAGAUACAGGCGCAGAAAUCUUGCGAGCAGCCGAUCAAUCUGGGACACAAAGAGCCUGGAAAAGAGGUUUCAAAGAAAGAUGGUAAAACCAAAGAGGCUGGUUCCCAGGAUGGGAGUGAGGCAGGUAAACCACUUUCUUUGGACCAUUCGGUUAAACAGGACAUUAAAUCAAAGAAGGACGAAGUUCACCUUUCUCCUGUGGCAAAGGUGGAUGAUAAAGAAAUAAGAACAGCUGAUAAAAAGCAAAACAAUGACAGCACUUCCUCAGACCUUCCUCAGAAGGUAGCAGAUUCAAAAAAUAGACCAGCUCCUGUAGGUGCCAAAGGGACAGAGAAACAAGGAGCAACUGUCUCUUCUGGAGAGAAGGACACUGGCUGCGUUUCUCCAGAACCUGCGGCGAUACCAGAGAGCAAAGCAGGAGCAGCCAUGUCGCAGGUUGUGGCAGAAGCAUCGAUGGAGAAUAAAGCUGAAGAGGCUGAGUUGGAUGGAGACAAGAAGAGUGAGCAGAUCUCACUGAAGUACCCAGGCAGUUUGGGCAAUAAAGCGGUUGAAGCAGAGGCUGCUGGUUUAAAUCUGACAGCUGCUCAAACAACCAAAAUAAGUCCUGAAGAUAACAAUAAGGGUCGUUCUCAGCCUGCAGAAGAGGAUGCUGCUCGCAGUGGGGAAGCCCACCUGAAGGGUGCCCCAGCGUUGAAGCCUGAAGUAGAUAAACUUGAAGACACAACUAAAGAAAAAGAAGAGGAACGUGAACAAAAGGCUGUGAAGGAGGCAAAGAAAGAGAGAGUUAAAGCAGCAGAACAGAUAAAAGGCUACAUGAGACCCACAAAGUCAAGAGGGGUGCCAACUCUGCCAGCCAGGUCUGCUGCUCCAGACCGAGAGAAACAAAGGCAGCUGAAAUCCACUGGUAUGAGCCAGCAGAGGCAAGAAAAAGCAAAACCAGAAGAGACCAAACCAGCUGAAGCUGUGGCAGGGAACUUUAUCACAGCACCUCCCAACAAAGAGCUUCCUCCCAGCCCUGAGAAGAAGACAAAGCCUGCUGCAUCCACAUCAUCUACAAAGCCUGCAGCAACGAAAGCCAGGCCCCUGUCCGCUACCAGCCCCAAGCGGCCAGCCUCUGCCACGCCUGGCCCAAACAAAAAACCCACGAGCCCUACUGCAGGUCCUACUUCAGCCACUACUACUAAACGCCCAGCCACCAGUACUACACGUCCCUCCACCUUAACUCCAAAAGAGACCAAACCAAAGGUUGCAGAUGCGAAGACCACAGAUAAACGGACCUCACUUCCAAAGACUCCAUCAUCUGCCACUCCUAGAACUACUGUCAGGAGCUCCCCUUCUACUCCUAGGACAACGGCGGCAUCGCCAGUCACUGCAGCUGCUGGUGCAAAAAAUACUGCUACUUCUCCACCGAAGAGGCCAACAUCUAUCAAGACUGAUGCAAAGCCUGCAGAUGCCAAGAAGACCUCUGCAAAGUCACCAUCAGCCGACUUGAGCCGCCCUAAGAGUGCUACUGGAAAUACAGUAAAAAGUAGUGCCACCACUCCUUCUACCACUGCCUCCAGCGCACCUACUUUACCUGGAGUAGCCACCAGUCGUCCCAAAACCAAGACUGCUGCAACCAAACCCACCACAACCUCAACCGCAACAGCAGAUGCUAAAAAAACAACUGCUAAGGCUCCGACUAAACCCAGCACUGUUUCCAAGCCACCUCGCCCGACCAGCAGCGUCUCUGCUCCAGAUCUGAAAAAUGUACGUUCCAAAAUUGGAUCAACGGAUAAUAUUAAACAUCAGCCUGGUGGAGGAAAGGUCCAGAUAGUCUCCAAAAAAGCGAACUACAGCCAUGUUCAGUCCAAGUGUGGUUCCAAGGACAAUAUUAAGCAUGUCCCUGGAGGUGGGAAUGUGCAGAUCCAGAACAAGAAAGUUGACCUUUCCAAAGUGUCCUCGAAGUGUGGCUCUAAAGCAAAUAUCAAGCAUAAGCCAGGGGGAGGAGAUGUCAAAAUUGAGAACCAGAAGCUGAACUUCAAGGAGAAGGCCCAAGCCAAAGUGGGUUCUCUGGACAACGUGGGACACUUACCAGCAGGAGGAACCGUGAAGGCUGAGGGGAGCGGGGAGCCAGGGCAGCUCCCGCCAGCCCCUCAGAACGGAGAGGUGACAGCGGCCCAGGCAGGCAGUGAGAUGCGGGAGAAUGGCGUAGGGCCGGCAGUGCCCACUGCCCUGAGCGGUGGUGACCAAAGGGAAAUUCAGAGCUUCGAGACUCAGAUACAAGAAACAAGCAUCUAAUGAUGACAUUAUGAUUGAAUCUCACAAGCUGACGUUCCGUGAGAAGGCCAAGGCUCGAACAGACCACGGAGCGGAAAUCGUCGUCUCCAAACCCCCCAACCUUUCCAGCAGCACUUCCCCCUGGCGUAGCACAUCCGUCAGCGAGAGCCUGGGCUCAGUCGCCUCCUUGUCACCGCUGCAACAGCCAGCUCCCCUUGCAGCGCUUUCUCAGCAAGGCUUGUGACCCCUCCCAGCCCCGACUCCCACGUGCUCCCCAGAGUAACGCAGCUUGGCUCUCUUAACUCAGCGUCUGGCUUUAGAUGGGAAGGGGACAGUAUUUAGCAGGGCUAGCGUCCCUUUCGGCCGCUCUGACUCCUCGAAGCAUCCUGGAGGCUCGCCCCUGCCCGAGCGUGCCGGGCUCUGGUGGUCCCUCUUUGGCUGGAAAGGGCUUCCUUCCCUCUCCGCGCCUUGUCCCUCUUGCUUUUAAGGGGAUGCUAGAGUGAGUGUUAGUGUCGUGUUUCGGGGACGGGCAUCUAGUGGCUUCCAGGCUGUGUCUCGCUGUCUCGAGCAGUGCGGAGAGGCACGCCGAGCCUGGGCGGCGGGUGGCUGGGUAGGAGCAGGCCUACGCUGCUGGUGGCUGAAGCCAGGCCGGAGUUAAUAGGGAUAAGCUGUGAUCUUUCUGUCUUUUUUAAAAAAAAAACAAACACGACCUUUUCCUCCUUGCCGCUUCAGUUUCUGCUGAUCCUGUUUGAUGAUGAUAUAUAUUAUACACACAUGUUAGGCUGUUUUAACUGUUGACUUUAACCUUUUAUUCUUUGUGACGAUGUGUUGAUGAUUUAUCGUGCUACAAACCCAUGCUAAGUUUCCUUUUCUCUUUCCUUCUUUUCCUAACCGUAGGAGAGUAGAGACAUUAACCGCUGCUGCAGUGCUGGCUUCUUACUGACAUAUCCAGCAAUUGUAACUUUUUUGUUGUUGGCUUUUUUUUUUUAAAUAUUUUAAAACGAUGGAGCAAAUUCAUGGGAUUAAGCCACGUCUGAAAUGAAAGGCACAAGACUGUGUUAAAGGAAAACUUGCUGUAACAGAUCAGAUGAAGCCUGUGUUGACUGCAACGAGACGUGUUGAAUCGAUGCUCGUAAAACCUCCUGUAGGGCCAAACCGCCAGCCCUGGAGGAUGCCUAGGACCUUCUGCGCAUUAGCAAGGCAAAGACGGUUUAUUUAUUAACUUGCACAGCCAAAGCCCUGGGAUUUAUCUUUUUUCGGCCAGGGCCUGAGGUCUGGAGGAAAGGCAGGAGGCUGCUUUCGCGGUGGAGUUGCAGGUUAACGCAGGCCGUGAGUUCUGAGGCAAAAGCAGGUCUGUGGUGUGCGUGUGUGUUGUUUUUAGAGGCUGAUGUAUGGGUAACCGUAUCGUCAGGCUGAGCAAGUCUGGUGGGAGGCCAAGGUGGGGAAAGAAGGGAAAGGCCACCUCUCAUCCAGGGCGUGAGGCAGGGGUAGCAGAAUGUCUGUGGAGGGCUGGGAGGGAGGCAGAGCCCGUGGCUGGGGCAGGGGAGGCAGGUUUCUAAUGCCAGGGAGUUGCAGCUCUGAUUAGGAAGGAGAUUUACGUACUCUUUGAGGUGUGAGCUCCUCGUUUCAUGUUGCAAAUGACACUAAAGAAAUUAAAUGUAAAUAAAUUAAAAAAAAAAAAGUGUUCUUGGGUCGUCAAACUAAUUUAAAGCAAAAAAAAAAAAAGGUGGAAUAACAAAACACUGGGAUCAAAGUGAACUGAACCAGGCGUGUGCUAAGGGGGGGCUGUUCAAGGAGGGGACAGAGGGAAGCCUGCAGCUUCUCAUGCUUGUGGGAAUAUUUCUUUGGGAAGCCGACAAUGACAUGAUAACCCGGAAUCUGUAUUUACACACAAAGAUUCUUAUUGCACUUGUAUUUUUUAUAUUAAAGUUUGCAUGAUUUCUAAUAAAAUGGCAUUAAAAUGUACUAGUUUGCAUCAAAGUCGUCUGCUAGUUUCAUAAGUGCUUUUUCCUCUGAAUACAAAUUUAAAUAAGCAAUGCAGAUUUGCACCUGAAAGGGGCGGUUAUAUAUACCCUAGAAAACUCCCAGUGCUUCCCUUCCUCCUCCUCCUCCUCCUCCUCCCCACCUCUCCCCUCCCCUCCAUGCCACAUCCCUCUAAUCCCAAAGCAGGGAAAGCGGCCAAGCUGGUCGUUCCCUGCCCUCAUACUGUGCCGUGCUGCGUGGCCUCGGUGCUCGCCGCUGCCGAGGCCAGCCCUAGACUAGCCAGCACUAACACCCCGGGCCCUCUCACUCUCCUGACGUGUGGCUGGCUCUGCAGAGAGGAAAAGCUGGAGCUGGGGAAGGGGCUGAAGCCGCCCUCCCGCCCUGCAUGGGGCAGGCAGCUGCCUGGGCAGGCGCUGAUGCCGCCUCUAGCUCCGGGCUGGGGUUGGAAACCUCAUUUCUCAAGAGAGCAGAGCUGUGUCUUGAUGCUUUGAAACCCUCCGGACGGUCCCGUGGCCUGUGACGGUGCUGCCCCCCACCACCUGUUCACCUGCAUGCUGCCCCCCGGUAUAUAUCACUGCCCCUUCGCUGAUGCUUCCUUCUUUCUCUUACUGCUAAAUUCUAAACACCAGCUUGAUCUUGUCAAUCUUGGGAUUGUUUUUGGUUUGUUGGUUUUUUUUUUUUUUCCCCAACACUUGAAUUGAGGGGAAGUUUGGAGGAGAGGGACUGAGAGGAGAGCGGGCUGAUCCCCUCAGCAAGAGAAGGCAGGGGCUGUGCUUCCCCAAGCAAUAACGUCGAACCGCUCCGGGCUAGGGCUGCCCCGGCAGCUGCGGGAGGGCAGGCAGGCGCUGUCGAGAGGGUCCUGUGCCUGCACGGGGUGUGCAGAGCCCUGCUUCCCUGCCUGCCGAAGGCAAAUGCUGGCUGGCGGCAGGCUGAAGCUGACCUCCAGGCUCACCGGCCAGGCAGAGGAGCUGGGAAGUUUGUGCUGGUGGGCUGUGGCCGGGGACCGGCCGUGGGCUCGAGGCGGGGAUGGCACCGGUGGUGUUCGUGGUUAACCAAAGAGGAGGUGGAAGCUGAAAUGUCGCGUUCCUCUUGCUGCUCUGCCCUGGGCACCCAGGGGGUGAGAUGCCCAGGCAGCCAGGUCCUGGUCUUAGUUCAGGUGCCGCAGGAGGAAGGCAAGUGGCAACAUUGCACUUUAUCUGCUGAGAUUGCAUU